AUGUUGCGUUGCCUGAACUGCGGGUUACGCGUUCAACGAAUACAGAGGCAUGUGGUUACUACUCUGCCUCAAGAGUUGCUAAUAAUCUUAUCUAUUUGGCUGAGAAUUGAUAAUCUUCCUAUGGAAGAUUUGUUGUGUCAUGGUUGUUAUGUAUUGAUACAAAAUGCUGAUGUAAACACACCUAGGACAUUAGGUCAUACUAAUGUCUGUGCUGGUUGUGGCUGUUCAUUGAAAGAAACUAGACUUCAUUUUCUUGAAGAAAAUGGACCACUUUAUGAAUAUUUUCCGUGGAUUAGAUCAAUACAGAAUGGAAGAGAUAGCUAUGCAGUUUGUCAUAAUUGUUGGCGGCGAGCUAGCCGACAAGCUGCACAAGACUCUCAAUAUGAAAUGGCUAUACCACAGUUGCCAUCUGAACCUGCUCCUGCACCUGCCUAUCUGCCAGAUCAAAGAUCCAUUGAAUCGGCCCCUAUCUAUUUCCCUCGUUACAAGAGAGCUGCUAGUACAUCACAACACUGCAUUUAUACUGACUGUGGCCCAUCUUUUGGAGCACCUUUAACGUCACCAGUAAAAAAGAGAAAACCUACCACUUUGUCGGUCGGGGAACAAGAGAUUAUCAUUAAUGUAUACAAAUAUGUCAAAAACACCUGGCCCGAAGACGUGUAUCCUUCAAACAUUAAAAUGGUAGAAAAGGUUUCGGAGAUCUCAGGAGUCAGCAAGAGCACUAUAUAUCGCGUAUUAAACGUAUAUAGAGAUUCCCAUAAAAUACCAGAAAAAGGAAUAAUUAAUAUACAUACAUCAAGUGAAGAUACGAGUGAUGAUUGCACCGAAUAA